AUGGCAGUUCUUGGUCUAUCUACUGCCUUCUCUCCCCCAAGAGGUUCUUGGAUAGCCGUGAGGCUCAGGAAUGGCGGCACCGGGCGGAGCAGCGGCGGGCUGUCCCUGAGGAGGUGGUCCGCCGCCGCCGUGGCCGUCCGCGCGGAGGUGAGCUUCGUGGACGGCGACGAGGCGAAGCGGCUGGUGGCGGAGGAGGGGUACACGGUGCUGGACGUCCGGGACCGGCGGCAGUACGAGAGGGCGCACGUCAGGGCCUCCGCCCACGUCCCGCUCUACAUCGAGAACGAAGACAACGACAUUGGAACGAUCAUCAAGCGGCAGGCGCACAACAACUUCGCCGGCCUAUUCUACGGCCUGUCCUUCACCAAGCUCAACCGGGACUUCACCAAGACGGUGAGGAGCAAGUUCUCGCCGGAGAGCAAGCUGCUGGUUGUCUGCCAGGAAGGCCUCAGGUCCACAGCGGCUGCAGAUGCAUUGGAGCGAGAGGGCUUCCAGAACCUGGCCUGCAUCACCUCAGGCCUUCAGACACUGAAACCAGGAACGUUCGAGACCGUCGGCAAAGCCGAGCUGCAGAAUGCGGGGAAAGCUGGCCUUGUGACCAUCCAGGGGAAGAUCUCCAUAGUUCUUGGGACUGUCUUGAUAACCUUGUUGCUGCUCAUAACAGUGUUCCCGGACCAGGCUAAGCAGAUCUUCGAGUCGGCUGGCAUCAAAUUGUGA